CCGAGCGAGGCAGCAAGAUGGACGCGGGAUUCUUACGCAGAACAAGUGCGGAACAGGAUAAUCGGUUCAGCAACAAACAGAAGAAGCUCCUCAAGCAGCUGAAAUUCGCAGAAUGUCUAGAAAAAAAGGUGGACAUGAGCAAAGUAAAUUUGGAGGUUAUAAAGCCUUGGAUAACAAAAAGAGUAACUGAAAUCCUUGGAUUUGAAGAUGAUGCUGUGAUUGAGUUUAUAUUCAACCAGCUGGAAGUGAAGAAUCCAGAUUCCAAAAUGAUGCAAAUCAACCUGACUGGAUUUUUGAACGGGAAAAACGCUCGAGAAUUCAUGGGAGAGCUGUGGCCCCUGCUGUUGAGUGCACAAGAGAACAUCGCUGGGAUCCCCUCUGCUUUCCUAGAGUUGAAGAAGGAAGAAAUCAAACAGAGACAAAUCGAACAAGAAAAGUUGGCAUCUCUGAAAAAACAAGAUGAAGAUAAAGAUAAGAGGGAUAAGGAAGAAAAAGAGAGCAGCAGAGAGAAAAGGGAGCCGUCUCGCAGCCCACGGAGACGCAAAUCCAGAUCUCCUUCCCCUAGAAGACGAUCUUCCCCUGUCAGGAGAGAGAGAAAGCUCAGUCACUCUCAAUCUCCCCGUCACAGAACCAAGAGCCGGAGCCCUUCCCCUGCCCCAGAAAAGAAGGAGAAAUCUCCAGAGCUCCCGGAACCAUCAGUGAGAACAAAAGACUCUUCAGUACAGGAGGCCACGUCUACAAGUGACAUCCUGAAAUCUCCCAAGCCUGAGCCUGUACCAGAGCCCAAAGAACCUUCUCCAGAAAAAAAUUCCAAAAAGGAAAAGGAAAAGACUAGACCAAGAUCGCGAUCACGUUCCAAAUCACGAUCUCGGACCCGUUCUCGAUCACCUUCUCAUACUAGACCAAGACGGCGACAUAGAUCCCGAUCAAGGUCUUACUCUCCUAGAAGGCGGUCAAACCCAAGAAGGCGACCAUCUCCUCGAAGAAGAACUCCACCAAGACGGAUGCCCCCUCCACCAAGACACAGGAGGAGUAGGUCUCCAGGCCGACAAAGGAGGCGCUCUUCCGCAUCGUUGUCUGGAAGUAGCUCUUCGUCCUCUUCAUCUCGUUCCCGGUCACCACCAAAGAAGCCUCCCAAGAGGACAUCCAGCCCCCCUCGAAAAACGAGAAGGUUAUCUCCUUCAGCAAGUCCUCCUAGGCGAAGGCACAGGCCAUCAUCUCCAGCAACUCCACCACCUAAAACUCGCCAUUCCCCAACCCCCCAGCAGUCGAACCGUACAAGAAAAAGUCGAGUUUCUGUGUCUCCAGGAAGAACUUCGGGUAAAGUGACAAAACAUAAAGGUACUGAGAAAAGAGAGUCACCUUCACCAGCCAAGCCGAGAAAAGUGGAGUUGUCUGAGUCUGAAGACAAAGGCAACAAGAUGGCUGUAGCGGAUUCUGUGCAGCAGAGGCGCCAGUAUAGACGACAGAACCAGCAGUCUUCAUCUGACUCUGGCUCCUCUUCCACCUCAGAAGAUGAGCAGCCCAAGAGAUCCCAUGUGAAGAAUGGUGAGGUAGGCAGGCGGCGGAGACAUUCCCCCUCUCGGAGUGCCUCUCCAUCACCUCGAAAGCGCCAGAAAGAGUCUUCUCCUCGUGGUAGAAGGAGGAGAAGUCCCUCUCCACCACCAGCCAGAAGGCGACAAUCUCCUUCUCCAGCUCCUCCUCCUCCUCCCCCCCCUCCUCCUCGGGCGGCGCAGAUCUCCCACCCCACCACCACGACGAAGGACUCCUUCUCCUCCCCCACGCCGCCGCUCACCUUCUCCAAGAAGAUACUCUCCUCCCAUCCAGAGGAGAUACUUUCCUUCCCCACCUCCAAAGAGGAGAACCGCCUCACCCCCACCCCAGCCCAAGCAAAGGGCAUCACCAUCUCCACCACCAAAGCGCCGGGUCUCCCACUCUCCACCUCCCAAACAGAGAAUCCCCCCAGUCACCAAGAGACGUUCGCCCUCCUUAUCUUCAAAGCAUAGGAAAGGGGCUUCCCCAGGCCGCUCCACCCGAGAGGCCCGGUCACCACAACCAAACAAACGGCAUUCGCCCUCACCACGUCCUCGAGCUCCUCAGACCUCAAGUCCUCCCC